AUGAAACAAUUUCUGUUGCAUUUAGAUGAAACUUUGAAGCUAGGCAGAAAAUUCAUCAUUCAGGACUUGGAUGAGAAUCAUCUGUUUAUUUCUGGAGAUAUUUUGGAUAUUUUACAAGCUAAAAUCGAUGAUUUGAUGGAUCAAAUUAGCUUUCCAUUGGCUGAAAAGAAUUCUUAA